AACUAUUCCCAACCCUCGCGCAUAUUAUUCAUAAAAUGAAAUGCUUGUGGUAAAAAAAUGAGGUUCUUCCGGGUCAUGGCUACGGCAACAUAAAAAAGGGCAUUGGGUUAGGCGUCUGAAAAUGGAUUACGGGUUUCAUGAUUGACCACCACAUUUGGAACCGCACCCAAAUUCAAGUUCCGUCUUCACCUGGUGCUUUGUCGUAUUCUCAUUGCCAUCCUGACAUGUAGUGCUGCGUGCCGUCAGAAUCCACGCCCUGGACUUUGGCUAUCCCUCGCUGUCAUAUUGGUCAUGAAGUGAUGCCGUCGUACCCUUCUUGCUUGCUUUCCACACGCGUCUGUGAUUCACUGACGGCCCUCCCUUCCCAUCUGUUUUCAUCCUUCCCAAUCCCACAACACCCGUCAUCAUCAUCGACACACCCCAAAAGGCCUCACUCACAACAUCAAAAUUUCUCACUAGGUCCUGCCUUCCAUAAAGUCGCUCCUGCCUUUUUGUUUUCAAACCGCCCAGUUAUUUCACUUUACUUCCUUCAUAUUCAUUGUUUCCUACCGACUUUCCCACUGACCCUAUUUCGCCACAAACCCGCAACCGCCGUUAACGCAUCGCUUUCACUGUCGUAUCAAUAUCUGACGAUAUUGCGCCAGCCCCAUCUUCAACACAUCCUUUCUCUCUCCGCCGACGCAACUUGGGUGCGCGAGAACGGACGAUUUCUCUGUCAAGUUGAAUUUCGGCUUCUUCCUUCAGUAUCCCUCAUUUCCUACAGCUUGACUAUCCUCGUUGGUGUCAGUUGUUCCCUUCAUCGCUCGAUUGUCGAGUCCACCUCGACUCAGUCAUAUUGGACAACACGCUCCUUCUUUUCUUCUACCUUCAAUCGCCCCCUCUCUGAUUGAUUCCGCUCUACACUUUUCGAACGUCAAUCUCUUUUUCUCGCUGAACCGUGUUUUCAGGU